AUGCUAAAAAGUGCAGUUGCAGUGGUUCUCUUCUAUGCUGACCAUGUGGAGACAGCCCUCUGCAUUGCAGGCAUAUGCGCGGACAGCAUACCAAUGCCACCGCCGGCAUCAGUGCCAAAUACCAGAGCUAUGCAAGGCUGGAGGUCUGAUGGUGCACCCGAUCCCUCCCGACUUCCCGAUGGUAGACAACAGCGGAGUGCACAGAUGAGCCAACUCGCUCCGCACGGUCUUGACUUUGAUGCCAUCCUGAAGGACGACCGAUUCGACAAGGUGAGCACCAUGCUUCACAGUAACGUGCGGGCACUGAGUCCCAGCAACCUGCUCCUGUGCCUUGAGGCUCUUUUCCACCUGACUGGCAAGGACACUUACUUGAUUGAGUCACUUGAGAAACAGGUACAAUGGCUCCUCUGGAAGAUGUCCAUCACAAGUCUGAUCCGUACCCUGGCUAUCCAUAAGCAACACCAAGACACAGCCCAGCGAAAGAAGAUCCUUUCAGAGACCCUCAGUGUGAUUGAGAAGCGCUGGGUGGAGCUGUCAAACCCAAAAGACCUCAUCACCCUGAUGUACAUCUUAGAUGACAACAGCAAGCUCCUCUUCUCCAAGGUAGAGGCCCGUGCUCUUGAUCUGGUUGAGAAGAUGGAUGUAAAAGAGCUCUACCGCGUGACCUACCUGCUCUCGAAGCGUAAACAUCGUAAUACCCCAUUGAUCCGUGCCCUGACCUAUCACCUGAAUAAGACGUCCCUCAAGUUGAGCAACAUGCACCUUGUCAACCUGUUGUAUGCCUGUUGCAGUUUGAAGAUCUAUGACAAUCACCUGUUGAGCAAGAUGUCGAACAUGCUUGAGAAGAAGGUGCCGCACUUUGAGAGCAAUGUGCUGCUCUUCUCCAUUCUGACGUCCUUUUCCAAGCUACGCUGGCACCACACGCCAGUGCUGGACGUUCUCUUCAGGAAGAUCCUCCAUAUUCAAGACAGCUUGAAUCCAAAGGAGAUUGGUCAGAUCCUUAUCAGUUUUUCCCAUCUCGUCUAUGACAACAAAGGUAUGGCAGCCAUUUUGCCCAACCUGAUGCCACGUUUACUCACGCUUCAGGAGCAGGAUCCCAUGCAGUGGCUUGAGAUUGUCUGGUGUCUGGCCGUUCUUAGGCUUUGCGACCAAGAAACAGCAGCAUCUGUGUUGAAUUCUCAUUUCUUCCGGCAUUUAGAAGGAUUGGAUCCUUUCCGAAAAACUCUGGGUCAACUGCGAAUACUGAAUAUUGCUGCUGCUGUCCGGCAUGACAUUUCUUCAUAUAAUGGUCCCUUUUUACCUGCAGAUUUCAUAGACCAAGUACAUUUACAGGCCCUGUCUCGUUCUCAUCAAGGCUUAGCCACAUCUGUGACAGCUGCACUUUCAAAUUUUGCUCCACUUCACAAAUUUGUUAAGACAGAUGUGAUAACUCCUUAUGGCUACAUUCUUGAUGCUGUUCUUUUUGUGGAUAAGAAGGGUGAACCUUUGGUGUAUGACGACCACUGUGGAAGUGAGCUGAAGCCAGGCGUGAACAGGAUUGGUUUUAAGGUGUUGGACUUCCCUGAUAUGACGUUGUAUACAGUGAAACCUACUGGUCUUCAUACCAUGGCUGUAAGACACCUCACACACCUGGAUUACACCCUCAUACAGGUGCCAUAUACAGAGUUUAUUUUUUCAUCUUCUGUUUUCCCCCCAAAUCCUCUAUCAAUCUUGAGCCUCCCUUUUACUUAUGGCUGUUCUCCUCCAACCCCUCUCUCCCUUAUUCAUUGUAUCUCUCUUAUUUCUCUCUCUCUUUCCAUUUCUCUCUCUCUCUCAGCAAGUUGUUUAUUCAUCUGA